AUGCAACACGAGGUGGAUCCCCUCUGCUCCUCCACCAUGGGCAACCCCAGCAUGCACGGGGAGGCAGGAGCACUUCCUGUGGACCUAGAGACCCUAGAGGAGACGCAGGCUCGGAGCCUGGGCAGACCUGUCAAAUCCUCGAAGCAGUAUCUGCGCCAGGUCAUUGCAGAAUAUGAGGCGCUGGACCGAGAGCUGCCAUGCAUCCGCAAGUUCCCCAUGCCACCUGCUGCCCAGCCCCUCGGUCUGUGCAUGGAGACCUCACCCGAAGAGGACCUUACCCACCUGGAGGUGCUGGAGGCGCUGGAGGCCGAGCUACCCGGGGCCAUGGAGAGCGGGCGUGUGAGCAGCAUCCGCUUUGAGAACAUGAACGUCAUCUGUGGGACUGCUGGGCGCCGGGACCGGUGGCUCAUCACGGUCACGGACUUCCAGGCUCGCUCGCGCCUACUGUGCUCGGGGCUCCGCCUCCGCGGGCUCCAGCACCCUCUCGUACGCCACGACGAACUGCUGCUGGGCGAUUACCGCCUGCACCUGCGCCGCUCCCUGGUCCGACGGCGCAUGCUCGAGGCUCUGGGGGCGGAGCCGACCGAGGAAGACUGACGUUUGGGGGCGGGCCCCGGCUGCGCCUGCGCACCGCCCAGCGGGCGCGGGCGACCCACCCGGAAUCCCGAAGGAAAGGGGCGUUGCCUUCCCAGUAAGGAGGCGGGGCCGGCUCGAGGGGGUGGAUACUGUGAGUUUAAUUAUAAAGAAUGACCUGGUA